CAUUCUUGGUUUAGGGUAGGCACCGAGCCCCUAAGUGGGGACGUAUAGUGAGCCGAUGAUGGUGCUGAUGAGCAAUAAAUGUGAUAAUAUUUUUGAUCAUCAGAAAUCAGCAAGUAAUUGGUCUGAGGAGGAAUCAUCUUAUGAAGAUCUAAUUGUAUUUCCUAAUGAGGUGGAAGACGAAUCGCAAACAAUGAAAGAUCGCUAUUGGAAAACAGUAAUGAAAAGAUCGAGAUCUAACAAUGAUUUAAUAAAGCGUGGAUAUAAGCAAUCGGGGCUGACGUUUUCUUCUCCGUCAGAAGAACACAAUUAUUUCCUUAAAAUCUAUAAAAAUCUUUCUCAAGCAAAAUGUUUUCAAUACAAGAACGAGCUACUGAGACAACGGUUCUUAAAAGAAGAGGAAGGUGUUGGUCAUGGAGUCGUAGGCGGUAAAGAUACAACUGCUGAACAACAUCCAUACAUGGGCGCACUCGGAUUUGAAUUGACAGCUGGCAAACCGGAAUUUCUUUGUGCGUGUACACUGAUAAGUCACUACUUCGCUCUGACAGCUGCGCAUUGUAGCUCUAAAGUAUUCACAGUUUUAUACCACCAAGUAUUGUUAGAUUCGGAAGCACUAACAUUCAACAUCUUGGUCAAGACUACAAAAUAUUAGGAAUAAUUAAAUAUCCGAAAUAUAAAUCACCAAGCAAACAUUAUGACAUCGCACUCGUUAAA